AUGUGGCCUCGGACACGGCCUCGGCCCCGCACUUCCUGGCGCUGGGCGCUGGCUCUGCUGGCCCUGGGCGUUGCGGGGCCGUGCCAAGCCGGCCCGCAGCCCAGGCAACCCGCGCGGCCCAGUGCCAGGAACAAGAACUGGUGCGCCUACAUCGUGAACAAGAAUGUGAGCUGCUCUGUGCUGGAGGGAAGUGAGAGUUUUAUUCAGGCUCAGUACAACUGUGCCUGGAACCAGAUGCCCUGCCCGUCCGCCCUAGUGUAUCGUGUGAACUUCAGGCCCAGAUAUGUCACCAGAUACAAGAUGGUGACACAGCUGGAAUGGAGGUGCUGCCCUGGCUUUAGAGGGGCAGACUGCCAAGAAGGUCCAAGAGACCCUGUGAAGACUCUGCCUCCCACGCCCUCUCGGCCACGAAACAGCUUGAAGAAACCCACAGACAAUGAACCAAGCCAAGUCUCAGAGCCCAAGAAGACUUUGUCACCAACUCGUGCAGCAGAACCAAGUCGGACAAUAGAUUCAAAACAGGGGCCCCAAGAACCUCAGGAUAAGAAAAUCCAGGUGCUUGAGGAGAAGGUUCUCCGGCUCACAAGGACCGUUCUUGAUCUCCAGUCUUCCAUUGCUGGGGUGAAUGAAAACCUCAAACAUACUAGUCAGGAUGCAUCAUGGCAUAGUAACCUGCACCCCCAGCAAGUGCCUGACAUUGCUGUUGGUGGAGACACUGAAAUAGUCCAGGUUCCUGAUGCCCUCAACAAAAAGGAAUCUGGCAUGAAGGACAUCAAAUCCGAAUUGGCUGAAGUCAAGGAUGCUCUGAAGACCAAGAGUGACAAGCUGGAAGAACUGGAUGGAAAAGUGAAGGGUUAUGAAGGGCAGCUUAAACAGCUCCAGGAGGCUGCCCAGGGCCCUACGGUGACCAUGACAACCAACGAACUCUACCAAACCUAUGUCGAUAGUAAGAUUGAUGCCCUGAGAGAGGAGCUCAUGGAGGGAAUGGACAGGAAACUGGCUGAUCUGAAGAACUCAUGUGAGUACAAGCUGGUUGGUCUCCAACAGCAGUGUGAUGACUAUGGGAGCAGCUACCUGGGAGUGAUCGAGCUUAUAGGAGAGAAGGAAACAAACCUGAAAAAAGAAAUAAAUGACCUUCGAGCCCGUCUACAAGAUCCUUCAGCCCAGUCAAAUUGCUGUGGUGGUGAAAAGACUGGUGACUUUGGGCAACAGAUCAAGGCGUUAGACCAGAAAAUUGAAAGAGUUGCUGAAGCCACCAGAAUCCUAAAUGGGCGAAUGGACAAUGAGUUUGACCGACUUGUAGUUCCAGAGCCAGAUGUGGACUUUGAUGCAAGAUGGAAUGAACUAGAUGCAAGGAUCAAUGUGACAGAGAAGAAUGCGGAAGAACAUUGUUUUUACAUUGAAGAAACCCUUCGGGGAACCAUUAAUGGAGAGGUAGAUGACUUGAAGCAACUUCUUGAUCAGAAAAUACAGUCUCUGGAAGAGCGUCUGGGGAGCGUUCUCCUAGAGAUGAACAACAGUACUGAUGCAGAACUCACUGCCCCAGCAUCAGCCCUACCAGGUGUGUCAGGGGCUGGGCCUGAACAGGUCAUGAUGGAAUUAAACCACCUGAAGAACAAAGUUCAAGUUGUUGAGGAUAUUUGCCUGCAGAACUUCCAGGGAGAACUUCUUGGGAUAGAAGAUAUUUUGCCAAAUGGAGACGACCACACAGUGGGUGAUAGUUUGAGCCUUUUGAAAUCCCUAAAUGACACAAUGUAUAGGAAAUUUCAAGAAACUGAACGUAGCAUACAGAAACUUCAAGAAGAUUUUAGUUUUCUUUAUUCUCAACUAAACCACACAGAAGAUGGUAUGAAUCAUCUCCAGAAUGAGCUAAGCAAGUGUAGAGAAGGUAAAAACACUGGAGUGGGUGGGUUUUCUAAAGUGGGUGAGCAAGAAAGGACGGUGGAACCCCGCCCGUCUCCCCAGGACACUGUGGCUCCUUGCUGCAGCCAGCUGGAGGAGAAGUGGCAGGGGCUGCAGAGCCAGGUUCUCUCGGAGCUGGACACUUGUAAGGAGAAUACGCAUGGGGUCCAGAGGGAGGUCUCCGUGGUUGAGGACAGGGUGUCUCAGAUGGAGAAAACUUGCAGCAAACUGGACUCCAUCUCAGGAAGUCUUCACAGGAUCAAGGAAGGGCUCAACAAGCACGUCAGCAGCCUGUGGAGUUGUGUCAGGCAGAUAAACGGGACGCUCCGGUCACAUUCCAGAGACAUUUCUGGCCUGAAGAAUUCUGUGCAGCAGUUCUAUAGCCAUGUUUUCCAGAUCUCUACUGACUUGCAAGAUCUGAUCAAAUUUCAGCCAUCAGCAACGGAGGAGCCCUCAGAAGCCCCCCCGCCUCCACCCCGAGGGAAGGCCCCACAGGCCCCUGAGAAGCCCACGCAGCUGGCAGAGGUCCCCACAGAGCCAACUCAUCCAGAGCUGACCCCUCCGCCUCUGCCGACGCCCAGUGCUUCACCACCUCCCGAGGACCUUGGACAACAGCUGUACACGGACCAGCAGCCUGUUCUGCCCAAGAGACCCCAACAGCCACUGCCCUGGCCAGCGUGGCCCGGCUGGACAGGGCUGCCCUUCUUGCCUGGCUCCACUGGGGUCAUUAUGGAGACUGGAGAGGCUGGGCCUCCAGGGAGAAUGGGCAUGUCGGGGAGGGGCCUGCCCCAGGGGGUGGAUGGCCAGACUGGGCAGGUGCCAAUCCCCAGCACAGAAGGAUUCGCAGGAGCACCAGGAUACCCCAAGUCACCUCCUGUAGCCUCCCCAGGGGUCCCAGCGCCUUCCCUGGUGUCCUUCUCAGCAGGGCUCACACAGAAGCCUUUCCCCAGUGAUGGGGGUGUUGUCCUCUUUAACAAAGUGCUGGUCAACGAUGGGGAUGUGUAUGACCCCAGCACCGGGAUCUUCACAGCUCCAUACGAUGGGCGCUACCUGAUCACGGCCACCCUCACUCCAGAGAGGGAUGCGUACGUGGAAGCUGUCCUGUCGGUCUCCAAUGCCAGCGUGGCCCAGCUGCACACAGCUGGCUACAAGAGAGAAUUCCUGGAAUACCACCGCCCCCAAGGGGCUUUGCACACUUGUGGGGGCCCAGGAGCGUUCCACCUUAUUGUACAUUUGAAGGCAGGAGAUGGCGUCAACAUCGUGGUGACUGGGGGCAGGUUGGCUCACACGGACUUUGAUGAAAUGUACUCCACGUUCAGUGGGGUUUUCUUAUAUCCUUUCCUUUCCCACCUCUAGGGCACUGCGGAAAGGUAAGGCAGAAGAAAGUUGUAAGAACUGGAAAGCUUUAAUAUAUUCACUUUAUGUAUGUAACUGGAGCACUGGUCUAGUUUUCUGUCGACAUCCCACCACCUCUCUCAAGGUAAAGGCCUUACCUGACUUUGGAGGCCACCACUGACACCGUAGAAUUCCCCAGCAGGCAGCAAGGAGUGAAACAUGUAGCCACCAACUUCCGUCACUCCUGAGGGCCGGCUGGAGUUGGACAUGCCCUUACCUAUAAAAGCCAGGUCCUCCCCCAACUCUAGCUUUGACCCAACGGGCCUGAGCUGGGCUUACCAGGUGCUGGCCUGCAGGGGGAGGCUGUAGAAUCAUGUCCUGCUGAUGGAGACGGAAGAGCUGCUGGAUACAGGUCUGAGGAGGACUGGCCCAAACUGGUACCUGUGGCUACAGUCUUUACCAAAGAGCAAACCGGUCACCAACUGUCUUGUGUUUAUUUAUACUGCAUGAAGAAGUUUAAACACUGAAGUGGCAUGUGCCGCCACAGAGACCUGGGUUUACAGAUGGGGCUGCCCCAGGUCUGGUUCCCACUGCUCCCCCUGGGCCUCUGCCCAGCUGUGAAGGAAUCCAAGAGACUGUUGUGCAGCUUGUUGGGCUCCUUGAAUGACAUGUACAAUUUAAGUGCAAAGACAGGGAGUAUCAAUAAAGAUAUAAAACCACU